AUGGGGGAGCUGCACCGCACCGACUCGGCGCUGACGGCCCUGGACGAGGACGUGCUGUGGGAGAUGCUGGACGGGCAGCGGCAGCGGCUCGUGUGCAGCGUGUCCCCCAGCCGCCUGACCCCCUACCUGCGGCAGGCGCGCGUGCUGGGCCAGCUGGACGAGGAGGAGGUGCUGUACAGCCCGCAGCUCACCAACACGGCCAUGCGCGUGGGGCACCUACUGGACCUGCUGAAGGCGCGCGGGAAGAACGGGGCCAUCGCCUUCCUGGAGAGCCUCAAGUUCCACAACCCCGACAUCUACACGCUGCUCACGGGGCUGCAGCCCGACGUGGACGGCGGCAGCUUCAGCGGGCUCAUGGAGACGUCCAAGCUGACGGAGUGUCUGGCGGGGGCCAUCAGCAGCCUGCAGGAGGAGCUGGGCCAGGAGAAGGGGCAGAAGGAGGCCCUGCGGGCGCAGUGCCGGCGGCUCCAGGAGCGCCUGGACCUGGCGGAGGCCCGCGUGCAGGGCCUGAGCCAGCUGGAGGCCGAGCACGACCGCGUGAAGCGGGAGCUCAGCACCCACUUCCACGAGGUGCUGAAGCUCAAGGACCAGCUGCUCGGGCUCUCGCUGCAGCACGGACACGCGCUGCGCGAGAAGGAGCUGGCCAGCUCGCGCUGCCGCCGGCUGCAGGAGGAGCUGUACCUGGCCCAGCAGGAGCUACAGCGCGAGAAGCUCUCCUCCACGUGCGAGCGGGAAUUCCGAGAGCGCGCCCUGGGGCUGGGCACAGCGCCCGACGGCCAGGAGGCGUGGGAGGAGAGCAGGAGGCGGCCGGCCCUGACCUUCAGCCUGGUGGAGAAGGACAUCCUGGAGCAGAGCCUGGACGAGGCGCUGGAGAGCAAGCAGGAGCUGGUGGACCGCAUCCACUCGCUGAGGGCGCGGGCCGUGGCCGCCGAGACGCAUCGCAAACAGUGCUGGGAGGAGAAGGAGCAGACGCUGCUGCGCUUCCAGAAGGCCCAGGUGGACUGCGAGAUCUACCGGGAGCAGGCGAGCACCCUGCAGAGCCAGGUGGCCGAGCUGCAGAAGGAGCGGGACCAGGCCUACUCUGCGAGGGACGGCGCCCAGCUGGAGAUCUCGCAGAGGCUGACGGAGAAGGACGCGCUUCGCCGGCGUGUCUGCGAGCUGAGCCACGAGGUCUGUGAGCUGCGCCAGGAGCUGCGGCGGCUGCGGGCCGAGGCGCCGUACCCUGUCCGGCAGGACGCAGGGGGCAGGGAGCCCGGCCCCAGGGGGAAGCAGAGGCUGGUGCGCAUGUUCGCCCUCUGCCCUCGCGGUGAGGACGGUGACAGUGACGGGGGCUGUCCCAGCGCCUCCGAGCUCUGGUCUGACCUGACUGCCACGUCCAGCCGCAAGCUGGCGUCCAGCUUCUGCUCCAGCAGCCCCCUGCCCCCCAGCCAGCUGUCCCUGUGCAGACGGGGGGCGGACUUCUGGGAGGAGCCCUGGGCCUCCAGUGACUUCCCGGAGGUGCAGGAGGCCAACCUGGGAAGCUCCCUGGGCACAAAGGGGGACACAGACCUGGAUUAUGAGAUCGUGGACAGGGCAGACCUCCCCGAGUCGGAGAGCAGCCUGCAGCCACCGUCCACGGCCCUUGAUGCCUCGGCCAGCACGCAGGUGCGGCGGCGGCGGCCGGCCUGCAAGGCCCCUGCCCACCCCACGGUGCUGGCCUUCCAGGGCCGAGGCCUGCUGGAGCAGAUCAGCGUCGUCGGCGGGAACCUCACGGGCAUCUUCAUCCACCGUGUCACGCCAGGCUCCGCAGCGGACCAGAUGGCUCUGCGCCCCGGCACCCAGAUCCUGAUGGUGGAGAGCGAAGCUGCCGACCCCGUGUUCAAGGCUGGCCUGGAGGAGACGACGCUGGAGCAGGCGCUGCGCCUCCUCGGGCGCGUGGCGGGCUUCUGCAGGCUGUCCGUGAGGCGCAACACGGACGGGUACAAGAAGCUGCUGCAGGAGCUGGAGGCCCGGGCGGUCACCUCGGGGGACUCAUUCUACAUCCGGGCCAACCUGGCCAUAGCGGAGCAGGCGGCCGGAGCACUUCCCGUGCGCUGCAAUGACAUCCUGCAUGUCACCGACACCGUGUUCCAGGGCCGCGCCUGCUGGCACGCCACCCGCGUGGAUCCCUACAGCACCCAGGGCUCCGAGCGCGGCACCAUCCCCAACUACGCUGGGGCCCAGCGGCUGCUGCUCGCCCUGAUCCAGGACCUGGCGCAGCAGAGCGGAAGCGCCCGCAAGCCUCCAGGGGGCGCCCAGAAGGUGGUCCGCAUCAUCAGCGCGGACAGAGCUGAGGUGAGCCCGCCGUGCUCGGCCUUCGAUGGGACCCAGCGAGACCCCGGCAGGGCGGAAGGUGAGAUGGGGUGGGGGGCUGUGGCCCCUCCUGGCAGCCAGGCCCUGCGGGCGUGGACAGAUGGAGUUGGAGGGAGGCCCUUGGCCCAGGCAUGGGUGGGGCAGGGGUGAGGGGUGAGGGCCACGGUCCCUCUGUCCACUGUCCCCAUUUCUCCUCCUCUGGCCGUGCCCUCGGCCCGUGCAGCCUGGCUGACCCGGGCAGGGCCCUCCUCACGCCUCCCCCUCCGCAGAGGCCCCUGGCGGGCGCUUCUGGACACCAAGCAACCUCACCCUGGCGCCGUACACCCUCGUGCGCCCCCACCGGCCCCACCAGCCAAGGCCGCUGCUGCUCGUGCCCCGGCUGGUGGGCAGGGUCCUGGGC